UGCUGGUUUUUCUCUCUGCUUCACAAGGAGAUGGCUUCUUUUGCGGUUGAGGAGUUUAUUGGAGACGGCUGUCUAAAGACCCUUCUUCCUAUGCUGCUGGAGGAAGGCUGGGAUGAUGUACCGACGUUGAAGAUUAUGACUUCAGAAGACAUGGCUGAGAUAAACAUGACACAACAACAGAAGGAUGCGCUAGAAAUCAGGUCAUACCUGCACAGUCGUGCUCUAAUGCAAUAUGCUGACAGUUUAGAGACCUCCGGGAAAACCUUUACUCAGCUUCUUAGCUUGAGCAGUUCAGAUCUUUCAUCACAGUUUGGAAUGAAAAGGGGACAUAUUGCCCGUUUCAUAGACAGAACUAAUGCCUAUGGAGCAAAUCCUUUACCAGAAUCCUAUAUGCUCCCAGCAAGAAGGAGAACCACCACCCGAAAUGAUAGUAUUUACACGCGUGAACUAUCAUCUAUCAACUCCAGAAAAAUGCAGAACAGGACGAGAAGCACUCUAGCUUCCGAGGUAUCUGUGGAGCAGUCAAUGGCUGAUUACAAGCUCAAAGAAGGACAUGUCUUCAAGGGAAUUGUGGCAGCAAUGCCUGCAGAGCCGAGAGCAUGUGGUUGUGUGCAGGCUCCCCCGGUAGUUGAGAAUGUUGCUCCUUAUACUGAUAUUGAGAAUAUCUCAGUUCAAAAAAUAAUGCCAGAAUAUAAGAUGGGAAUAGAGCGUCUGGUAAAAACAAAGACUCCUCCCAUGAAGGCCUCAGAACUGUGGCGUGAUUUACCAGCACUUCUCCUUUGUAUCCGGCGCCCAGGGUGCAUCAUGUGCAGAGCUGAAGCCCACCAACUGUAUUCCAAAAAGCCUAUAUUUGACUCACUUGGCAUUAAAUUGAUUGCUGUUAUUCAUGAGUACAUAGAAUCAGAGGUAAAAGAUUUCUGGCCAAGAUAUUGGGGUGGGGCUGUACUUCACGACAGGGGCAUGGAAUUUUUCAAGGCUCUGGGUGGAGGGCAGCUGCUAAAGGAUAAGUUCAUCUCAGGAUUUCUACUCAACCCUCGAGCUAUUGCAAAUUACAAGCGAGCAAAGGCUAUGGGACUGGAUCAGAACUUCAGAGGAGAAGGAGAGAUAAAAGGUGGUCUCUUUAUAGUUGGCAAAGGCAAAACUGGCAUCGCUUAUCAGUUCAUUGAAAGAAACUUUGGAGACUGGGCGCCAAUUGCUGAAAUCAUUGAAAUUUGCAGACAGAUGCAGAAUCAAAAGAAUAGUCGAUCAGAGUCUAUGAAAUCAGUACAAGACUAUGAUUAACUCCAGAUUAUCAUCCUGCAAUACUGGAUUGCUGGCCUCACUUUUCAGAUUUAAAAAAUCUGAGCAGUUUACUUCUGAAUAUACUUAAUAUGCAUUAGUAGUAUCCUUUUUUGUAAUUCUUCCUCUA